AUGGCGUCAUCUCUUGCUCUCAAGAGACUUCUAUCUUCCACCGUCGUUCCUCGUUCCCGUAGCGUCCUUCGUCCACCGGUUUCCUCUCGUCUCCUCAGCACUAACGCCGUGAGGAGCUACGACGACGGCGAAAAUGGACACGGUGUUGAUUUAGACCGCCGCUCUGAUCGCUCUGUUUCUCGCCGGCGUGAUGAUUUCUUCUCAGACGUGUUUGAUCCGUUCUCGCCGACGAGAAGCGUUAGUCAGGUGCUGAAUCUGAUGGAUCAGUUCAUGGAGAAUCCUCUGUUGUCAGCGACGCGAGGCAUGGGAGCUUCGGGAGCUCGUCGCGGCUGGGAUAUAAAAGAGAAAGAAGAUGCUCUUCACUUGAGAAUCGACAUGCCUGGGCUUAGCAGAGAGGAUGUGAAGCUUGCUCUGGAGCAGGACACUCUCGUGAUUAGAGGAGAAAGCAAAGUUGAAGAUGUUGAUGGGGGUGAGGAAGGAGAGAGCGGUGGUAACCGGAGAUUCACAAGCCGGAUUGGUUUGCCGGAGAAGGUGUACAAGAUCGAUGAGAUUAAGGCCGAGAUGAAGAACGGAGUCUUGAAAGUGGUGAUUCCGAAGAUGAAAGAGGAAGAGCGCAAUGAUGUGCGCCAGAUUGAGGUCAACUAG